AUGGCUGAAUUAAAUAGAAGAUACGACGACAUUGAAAUUUUAGAAAUACCUGAUGAUGAUGAUGUGUCAGUAUCAUCAGAGACAGAAGUAGCCAUUUCUGAAAAUGAAGAAAGUCAAAAAAUUGCAGAAGAUGAAACAUCAACAAAUUUAGAUGAGGGAAACACUUCAGUAUUUACCAUUAAUAACGAUUUUCCAGAAUUAUCAGAUUGGAUAUCAAAUGAUAAGCCAUUGAAAUUUCAAUUCGAUAAUAAAUCAUACAAGAAAACAAUAAAUAUUAGUGACAAUUUUCAAAAGAAAUAUAUUUGUUACAUCAAUUCAAAUUAUAAAGUAUUGGAAAAAUUAACAAAGAAUGAACUUAUUACUGAUAAUUAUAAUGAUACAAUUGGUCUAAUUACGAACUCAUCACUCACCAGAAAGUCAAAAGUUAUAGAUGAAGCAUUUCAGGAGAUUUUAGAAAAUUUAAACAACUUGAUACUUAAUGAGCAAGAUUCGGAGAUUGAACCUUUUCAAUUCAUGAAAUUUAUAUUGUUAUGUCUAUAUUCAAAUAAUUUUUAUCAGAACUUAACUGAAAAACCAGAAUUAAUAAAAGAUUGGGUGAAUAAUUUUGAUCCACAACCUUCUCAAGAAUUAGUAGAAGAAAUUAUGAUAUCUAAUCCUAAUCCGUACCUACAUCCGCAAUUUUGGAAUACAUUGUUAAGUAAAUUUAUUAUUCGUGGAUUAUUUGAUCAAUGUGAAAGUGUCCUUGAAAAUUCCAAUUAUCAAGAAUUGGAAAAUAAAUGUGAAGAUUUAUAUAAUGCAAUAAAUGACUUAAAAGCAUUAUUAUUUGAUUAUACAAAUUUUGCCAAAAAGGGUCAAUUUGCACAAUGGAAAUUACUUGCUUGUGAAUAUAGAGAUUCGUUAACUGAUUUGAAAAAUAAUGUCCAUGAUCCAACUUAUAGAACUAUAUUUAUGCAAAUAUUUGAUUUAGCUUGUAUUAUAACUGGUUUACCUAAGACUAUUACUAGUUUUUGUGAUUAUUGGUAUGAAGUGUAUUUGGGUCUUUCAUUAUAUCAAAUACGAGAUAAUGAAGAAGUAUACCAAGAUUUUUUUGAAACUGCAAAAAUAGAAAUUCCACCAAUUAAAUCAACUAGUCAAGAUUUGGAAGAAAUGACAGAACAUUGUUUUAUAGAUAUUUUAAAAGGAAAUUAUUUAAAAGUCUUAGAAACGUUAUUUACAUUGGAUCAAUUCACAGCUGCUUAUAUUGCUGAACUACUAGAAUUAAAGCAAUUGUUGAGAGACUACUAUUUGAAAGAUGUUAAAAGAGACGAGGAACUCAAUUUGAGAAGUUUGACAAAUUCAAAAACCAUAUCGGAAUAUUUUUUAACCAGACAUGCUUUUGAUUGUUUAAAUAUUCAUGAUUUAGUACCUGUUGCAAUUGGAUUAUUACUCAAUGAAGUAAUAAAUACAUCAAAAAAUGCAAUUACUAAUAAUAAAACAACUAUAGGAUCUUUUCUUCCUAACUUUCAUUGCAAAACUAAUGAUGAUCUCGAAUGGUGUUUGACAAUAUGUGCAAAUUUAGGAUUAGUUUCAACUGCAAGAGAAUUAUAUUAUAGAUCUGGUUUGAAAUCAUUAGAUGAAGGAUAUUUAUUCGAGGCUUUAAAUUCAUUUGUUAAAUGUUUUGAUCCUGAAGAUGUCAAUUUCAGUUUAAAUCAUUCGAAUAUAAGUAGUAUGAAAAAGAUUCAUUAUAUAAUAUGGGAAUUAAUCUUCCUGAAUGCUUUAGUUGAUAACAAACCAAUAAAUGAUGAAUUAAUUAAUAACAUCAUUGAUAAACAAAUUGAUUUUGAAAUUCAUCCAGUAAUAAAACAAAGUUUAUCUCCAUACGGAGUAUUAAAAGAAUUCUACGACUCAAUUCCAAGAGAAGACAUCAAGUUAUCUAAAAAAUUAUCAAAAAUAACUCAUUUAUUAAGAUUCAACUUUUUACCAAAGAAAUUUUAUCCAUUAUUAUUAGCUCAAUUUGUACAUUUUCUCAAGAAUGAAAAGUAUCAUUUCCAACUACCAGAUUUGAUUUUAAUUAUUGAAUUGAUUGAUAAUUUUGAAACUGAUUCAAAUGAGGAAGAAAUUGAAGAAGGUGAAAGUUUAUACUUAUAUUCGAUAAAUAAUAUAAAAGAUAAAUCAGAAUUCGAUUGGAGAAAUAUUGAUAAAGUUCCUCCUAAUGUCAAAGAUUUAGUUAAAACUUUACGAAAUAGUAUAGCUAUUAAAAUAGGGCAAGUAUUUAUAGAAUAA